AUGGCUGAAAAGAAGUACAAGGGAGUUCGCAGACGAAAAUGGGGCAAAUGGGUCUCGGAAAUCAGGGUUCCAGGUUCAACAGAGCGGCUCUGGUUAGGCUCCUAUGCUACGGCAGAGGCGGCUGCGGUUGCCCACGACGUUGCUUUCUAUUGUUUACGUAGACCGCCGUCUUUGGAUAGCCUUAACUUCCCUCAACUGUUGCCUGCGAGGUGUGCGUAUGUAGCCUUGUCACCGAAGUCUGUACAGAAAGCUGCUUCGGAUGCCGGGAUGGGCAUCGAUGCGCAGAUGAUUGCGAGCAAGUCGUUUAAAGAGGCGGUGGAGGUUAAUGAAAGUGGUGGAAUUCAGGGCUUUGAAACACAGUUUUUGGGCAAUGAGAGUAAUGAUUCUGGGACGUGGAAGGAGAAGGAGCUGAGCAUUUCUGUUGAAGAUUAUGAUUAUGAUUAG